AUUCAGCAGACGUUGGAUUCUCAUUUGACCAGCAUCAGCUGUUGGAAGUCUGUGACGCAAGUUCUCUUUAACCACAAGAAAUGGGAAAGGGAUUUGGUGAGCUUGCCCAUGUCAGAGGCAUCAUCAAAUACUCUCUGUCUCCCUUUGAACAGAGAGCAUUUGCUGGAGCCAUCAAAUAUGGUGUUCCAAAUUUGUUCAGGAGGUUCCGUGGACAGGUGCUUCGUGUUGCUCCUCCAUUCAUCAUUGGCUACAUGGUCUACCAGACUGUGGAAGGAAGACACACCCAGCUAAUGAGGAAGAAUCCUUCUGACUUUGAAAAUGACGAAUAAUUUAUAUCUGUAAAUAUGGAAGUUGUGGUUGUAAACCUCUUUUGGAUUGAUGUUAAAAACAAAAAUGUUAAUAGAGAAAACAUGACCAAUUAUCUUGAAAUUAUUCUAAAGUGCACAUCUUAAUACCACACUUCUUUAAUGUAAAUAUCCAUUAACCAAUAAAUAAUUUUGUAACCA